UUAAAGAGAUAUUCGGAGUCAAGUCAAUUUUCUGUUACAUAAAGAAUGGCAUAUAGUUGGCAAACAGAUCCAAAGCCUAAUGAAUCAGAUGAAGAGCAGUCUGAACAGCAAGAAUUUCACCUUGUAACCCAACCCAUGCCUUCUAGGCAAGUCUGUCUGGGUUUUGAUCACCUAGUAGAUGAGAUCAGUAAUAAAAUUCCAUUCUAUCAGAGUGAAAUUGAAGAAAACACCUUUUUUGUGUCCAAUGCACCAAACCAGGAAACAAAAGGGUAUUCAUUGGAUAGAACACACCAAAUAUGCUUGAAUGAAUUCACUUCUGAAAUUCCUGAAUUCUCCUGGCAUCAAGUUGGGAAAACAUCAGCUAUUGGUUUUAGGGCUUCUGUGCUACCAAAACCUCAAAUCAUGAAUAAAGACAGCUCCGGGGAAAACUCCAUAGGAAAACACCAUGGUGUUGAGGAUUCCAAAUGCAAUAUUUCAACUCCCUCAUCCACUAGUUUGGAUAAAAUUAAUCCACAAAGAUUAAUGAAAAAUGAAAAUCCUAACUACCAUAUAGGAUUUGAAGGUAACAUUCCCCCUGUACAUCCAUUCUUCUCAACUGACAUCAUGCAAAAAGACGACAACAAAAGAAGUGGAAGCAUGAACACUGUAGAACCUUCUCCAAUGUUCAUCAAAGGCUCUUUUCUACCCGAGACAAGGGAAAACACAGGGCCCGAAAACAUUGAGCCUACAGAUUGUUCCAUUCAAAUCAUCGAAGUAACUCAAGGCACUAACACGACCCUGACCUCCUUUUGUGACAAAGUAAAAAAACUGAGAGAGGCAUAUCAUGCAGCUGACAUGAAUUCCAACUCUGGAAAGAUCUGGAGCAUCACUACAGCAUUUCCAUUUCAGCUCUUUUCUAACACCAAGUUCAAUAUAAAUAUUUUGGCUGAAAAUUCAGCACAACUACUUCAUCUUAUGCCAUAUGCUAAUUAUCUUGUCAAAGACCUAAUUGAAGAAAUUCUCCAUUUAUGUGCAAAUGACCAGCUCUUCCCCAAAGACCAUCUUCUAAGCAUAUGUGGCUCUGAAGAAUUUUUACAGCUAAACCUCAACUGCAUCACCUUUACUCUUGGUACUCCCAUCAGCAGUCUGGUUUUUGAGACCACAACAAAAUCACAAGUCCCCUCCCUUUUUGCUGUACAAUAUAAAGUGUGGCCUUCUCGGCCACAUAUAAAUUGUCUUAUUGCUGUCACACUUUCUAUUUUAGCUAUCCCCAAUGAAGACGACCACUGUCAGUUUCACCCAAACCAACUUCUAGAGUUUACACACGUUUGGAAAGUAUCCAGACAAUGCCUCUUAACAGUAAUCAAAAAGUAUGAUUUCCACCUGAAAUACCUAUUGAAAAACCAGCAAUAUACAGAUGAUAUUAUUGAAGAAAUUAAAAAUAUAUGCAGUGUUCUUGGGUGCGUGGAAACCAAACAAAUUACAGAUGCAGUGAACAAACUAAAUCUAAUUCUUCAAGGAAAACCAAAGAGUUUUCAUCAUGAUUCACAGACUUCUGUAAAAGGCUUUAUAGAGAAAGUGACAACUGAACUAUCCACAUCCAUCUACCAGCUUAUUGAUGUCUACUGUCACAGCUUUUAUGCUGAUUUUCAGCCUGUAAAUGCACCUGGAAGCAUUUCCAGUGUAAGUCCUGGACUCCAUUCCCAUCUCAGCUUCACAGUCUAUGCGGUACACAACAUUCCUGAGGCAUGGAUGGGCAGCUAUAAAGCAUUUUCUUUCUCCUGCUGGCUUACAUAUGCUGGGAAGAAGCUGUGCCAAGUGAGAAACUACAGAAAUAUUCCAGUCAAAAAAUUAUUUUUUUUCUUAGUCAACUGGAAUGAAACGAUCAAUUUUCCUCUUGAAAUAAAAUCACUUCCAAGGGAAUCCAUGCUCACUAUAAAACUGUUUGGAACUGACUGUGCAACCAACAAUGCAGAUUUACUGGCCUGGACCUGUCUUCCAUUGUUUCCAAAAAAAAAAUCCAUUCUCGGGUCUCUGCUUUUCAGCAUGACAUUACAGAAUGAGCCUCCCAUAGAACUGAUAGCUCCAGGAGUGUGGGAUGGAAGUCAGCCAUCCCCAGUGACCCUGCAGAUUGAUUUUCCAGCUAUUGGAUGGGAGUACAUGAGACCUGAUCCUGAAGAGAACAGAACCUGUCUUGAAGAACCAACCAAAGAGUGUUUGAAACAUAUUGCCAGACUUUCACAGAAACAGUCUCCCUUACUACUCUCUGAAGAAAAGAAAAGAUACCUAUGGUUUUAUCGCUUCUACUGCAAUAAUGAAAACUGCUCCCUUCCUUUGGUCCUGGGUAGUACCCCUGGAUGGGAUGAAAGGACUGUUUCAGAAAUGCAUACCCUCUUGAGAAGAUGGACAUUUUCUCGUCCUUUGGAAGCCCUUGGACUUUUGACUUCCAGUUUUCCAGAUCAAGAAAUUCGUAAAGUGGCAGUUCAACAAUUAAACACCCUCUUGAAUGAUGAGCUACUGGAAUAUCUCCCACAGCUGGUUCAGGCUGUCAAGUUUGAAUGGAACCUUGAAAGUCCUUUGGUGGAACUCCUACUGCACCGCUCCUUGCAAAGCAUCCAGGUGGCUCACCGUCUUUACUGGCUGCUAAAAGAUGCACAGAAUGAGGUUUAUUUUAAAAGCUGGUAUCAGAAGCUGUUGGCUGCUCUCCAAUUCUGUGCAGGAAAAGCCUUGAAUGAUGAGUUUUCUAAGGAGAGGAAACUCAUCAAAAUUCUGGGAGAUAUUGGAGAAAAAGUCAAGUCUGCAAGUGACCCUCGAAGACAGGAGGUACUAAGGAAAGAGAUUGGCAGACUAGAACAAUUCUUUCAAGACAUCAAUAGCUGUCAUCUUCCUCUGAACCCUGCGCUAUGUAUAAAAGGGAUUAAUCGUGAUGCAUGUUCAUAUUUCACAUCUAAUGCUCUGCCAUUGAAGAUUACUUUCAUCAAUGCUAAUCCAAUGGGCAAUAACAUCAGCAUUAUUUUCAAGGCUGGAGAUGAUCUUCGCCAGGAUAUGCUUGUUCUGCAGAUUAUUCAAGUGAUGGACAACAUUUGGCUGCAGGAAGGCCUAGAUAUGCAAAUGAUCAUUUAUAGAUGUCUAUCCACAGGAAAAAACCAAGGACUAAUACAGAUGGUGCCUGAUGCUAUCACCCUGGCAAAGAUCCAUCGCCAUUCUGGGCUGAUAGGACCCCUGAAAGAAAACACCAUCAAAAAGUGGUUCAGCCAGCACAACCACUUAAAGACCGAUUAUGACAAGGCCUUGAGGAACUUUUUCUAUUCCUGCGCUGGCUGGUGUGUGGUAACGUUCAUCCUGGGCGUCUGUGACCGUCACAAUGAUAAUAUCAUGCUGAUAAAGUCAGGCCACAUGUUUCAUAUUGACUUUGGAAAAUUUUUAGGUCAUGCACAAACAUUUGGAGGGAUAAAAAGGGACCGAGCCCCUUUUAUUUUUACAUCGGAGAUGGAGUACUUUAUUACAGAGGGUGGAAAAAACCCACAACAUUUCCAAGAUUUUGUGGAGCUUUGCUGUAGAGCAUAUAAUAUUGUCAGAAAACACAGCCAACUGCUCUUGAACCUGCUAGAAAUGAUGCUACAUGCAGGACUGCCUGAGCUAAGUGGAAUCCAAGACCUGAAAUAUGUGUAUGAUAAUCUUCGUCCACAAGACACAGACCUAGAAGCAACAAGCCAUUUUACCAAGAAAAUAAAGGAAAGUCUGGAGUGUUUCCCUGUUAAACUGAAUAACUUGAUCCACACACUUGCACAAAUGUCAGCUAUCAGCCCUGCCAAAUCUACUCCACAGACUUUGCCCCAGGAAUCUUUUUUGCUGAGUCCAACCAGAUCGAUUCAAAGAGCAACAAUUUUAGGGUUCAGCAAGAAACCCAGUAAUCUGUAUCUGAUCCAGGUGACCCACAGUAACAACGAAACAAGCCUGACAGAAAAAUCAUUUGACCAGUUUUCAACACUCCAUAGCCAACUCCAAAAGCAGUUUGCAUCAUUGACUCUCCCAGAGUUUCCUCAUUGGUGGCACUUACCUUUUACAAAUUCAGAUCACAAAAGAUUCAGAGAUCUAAAUCAUUAUAUGGGACAGAUACUAAAUGGACCACAUGAAGUUGCAAAUAGUGAUUGUGUAUGCAGUUUUUUCCUCUCUGAACCUGUGCACCAUGCAGUUGAGGAACCUUCACUUUUGGACCUAGGUGAGAAGUUUCCAGACAAGAAUCCUAAGGUACAGUUAGUGAUAUCGUAUGAGGAUAUGAAGCUGACCAUACUUGUGAAACACAUGAAAAACAUUCAUCUCCCAGAUGGCUCUGCGCCCAGUGCACAUGUUGAAUUUUAUCUUUUACCAUAUCCCAGUGAAGUUCGUAGGAGGAAAACAAAAUCUGUUUCAAAAUGUACCGACCCCACUUACAAUGAAAUUGUGGUAUAUGAUGAAGUCACAGAGCUCCAAGGACAUGUCUUAAUGCUUAUUGUGAAGAGCAAAACUGUAUUUGUAGGAGCAAUUAACAUCCAACUCUGCAGUGUCCCACUCAACGAAGAAAAAUGGUAUCCCCUAGGAAACAGUAUAAUCUGACCAUUGCUAUGAAAAUAUGCAUUAUUCAUUAACUACUUAUAAUUUUUCCACUUAUAGGUCUCUCUGUCAUAUAAGCAGGACAUUUUUAGUGUCAAAUAUAGCAUAGGGUAUUAAGGACAUUAGAAAAAAAGAAAAAAGAAAUCAC